CACCGACUACAUUGGAUAACAGAUGUCCUCAGUUGACGCCCCGCAUCACCCUGAGCGAUUUUUAUUCACCAAGACCCCAAGAAAACCUGACCAAUGGCGUUCAGGAAGGCUUUGAAACGGACGGCGAUUAUAGGAGGUGGGACGGUCGCCGCGCUUUUCGGCAUAUCACAGCUCACUGAAUACAGGAAGACACAGGCCCGGUUAGCACACGUGGCGGCAGAAGCAGAGCUGAAGGUUCCCUUUGCAGAUGAGCUUCCCUCUCGGCAGGCCCAGCUGGCGACGCUGAAAAACACGGAAGAGUUUGACAUCCUCGUUGUCGGAGGAGGGGCGACGGGGGCAGGAUGUGCCUUAGACGCUGUCACACGCAACCUCAAGACUGCCCUGGUGGAGAGAAGCGAUUUCUCUUCGGGCACGAGCAGCCGGAGUACCAAGCUAAUUCACGGCGGAGUCCGCUACCUGCAAAAGGCCAUCAUGAAGCUGGAUUAUGAACAGUACAUGAUGGUGAAAGAGGCUCUCCAUGAAAGAGCCAACCUGCUGGAGAUUGCUCCUCAUCUGUCUGCCCCUCUACCCAUCAUGCUUCCUGUUUACAAAUGGUGGCAGCUGCCGUACUACUGGGCAGGUAUCAAGAUGUACGACGUGGUUGCUGGGACCCAGUGCCUGAAGAGCAGCUACGUCCUCAGUAAGACCAAAGCCCUUGAGCUUUUCCCGAUGCUGAAGAAAGACAAGCUGGUAGGAGCCAUCGUCUACUACGAUGGGCAGCACAACGACGCCCGUAUGAACCUCGCUAUUGCCCUCAGCGCUGCCCGCCAUGGCACCGCCACCGCCAACUACACCGAGGUAGUUCACCUGCUGAAAAAGAGCGACCCGGAGACCGGCAAGGAGAAGGUGUGCGGUGCCCACUGCAGGGACGUCCUCACAGGAGAGGAAUUUGAUGUGAGGGCCAAGUGUGUGAUCAACGCCACCGGCCCGUUCACGGACUCGCUGAGGAAGAUGGACAACCAGAAAACCAGCAAUAUCUGCCAGCCCAGUGCCGGCGUUCACAUCGUCAUCCCUGGUUACUACAGUCCUGACAACAUGGGUCUCCUGGAUCCAGCCACCAGUGACGGGCGAGUCAUCUUCUUCUUGCCCUGGGAGAAAAUGACCAUUGCCGGGACGACUGACACACCCACCAGCGUGACCGCCCACCCCAUCCCAAAGGAGGAGGACAUUAACUUCAUCCUGACGGAGGUCCGCAACUACCUCAGCCCAGACGUCGAAGUGCGACGAGGAGACGUGUUGGCAGCGUGGAGCGGCAUCCGGCCGCUGGUGACUGACCCCAACUCCAAAGACACGCAGUCCAUCUGCAGGAACCACAUCGUCAACAUCAGUGAGAGUGGAAUGGUCACCAUCGCAGGUGGGAAGUGGACUACCUACCGGUCCAUGGCUGAAGAGACGAUCGAUGCAGCCAUCAAAGCUCACGGCCUCACAGCUCAGCCCUCUAAGACUGUGGGUCUGAUGCUGGAGGGGGCCAAGGACUGGACCCCCACCCUCUACAUCCGCCUGGUGCAGGACUACGGCCUUGAGAACGAGGUAGCCCAACAUCUGGCAUCGACAUAUGGAGGAAAGGCGUUUGAAGUGGCCAAGAUAGCUCAUGUGACUGGGAAGAGAUGGCCGAUAGUAGGGAAGAGACUGGUGUCCGAGUUCCCCUACAUUGAGAGUGAGGUGCUCUACGCCAUCAAGGAGUACGCCUGCACGGCCAUAGACGUCAUCGCCCGACGGACGCGCCUGGGCUUCCUCAACGUGCAGGCGGCUGAUGAAGCUCUGCCACGUAUCGUUGAGAUCAUGGGAAACCAGCUGAACUGGAGCCAGGAGCGGAGGACGGAAGAGCUUGAAGGAGCUAAGAAGUUCCUGUACCACGAGAUGGGCUACAGAUCUCGCUCUGAGCAGCUGUCCAAGACUUCUGAGAUCAACCUAGACUAUCAGGAAGUGGUCAGGUACAAGAAGCGAUUCCACAAGUUUGACAAAGAGAACAAAGGAUUCAUCACCACUGUCGACGUCCAGCAGGUUUUGGAGAACAUCAAUGUCCACAUCGAUGAAAAUGCGCUCCAUGAAAUCCUUAAUGAGGUGGACCUCAAAAAUGGACAAGUUGAAAUUGAUGAAUUCCUGCAGCUGAUGAGCGCCGUGAAGAAGGGACAAGUGUCGAGCAACCGCCUGGCCAUCCUGAUGAAAACGGUCGAGGAGAGUCUGGACAGGAGGGGGCCCGUCACGGUGGACCGCAGCGGGGGCGGAGUCUGAGCGCACCACCUUUACGCCGUCCAACCCCAGCCUCCGCAGACAGACAGGGGUUUCAGGGAUGCCAAAACACCUUCAGCUAUUGUUUGUUCAACCUUGCAGGUGUUGAUGAAAAAAAAAAAAAAAACACAGAGAGGUCAUAUGGAAAUGGGAUCAUUUGAAUGACAAUUUUGCAAUCAGGGACGCUGCCGGGAAUGUAUUCGGCCAAAUCAACCGUAGACCAAUAUCACUCCUGACUGUGUUUUGGUGAAAUAGUAUCUAAUGUUGGAUAUGAACACGGGAGAGGGGGGAGUUAAAUACCCAGAUGUGUUUUUCAUGAAGUCAAAGCCUGUCUGUCUGUCUGCCUGUCUGUCUGUUUUACAGACACUUCAACAUUUCUCUCUGGUGCCUCUGCUAUUACACAGCACAUAUACUCUGUAUGUGUUUUAUACCGUCUUCAAAUGAUUUUCUAAUCGACCCCAGCUCUCCUUUUUAAACUUUGCUUCUGUUAGUUUUUCACACUGUUGGUGCGUAUUUUUGCUGUGCGCUACUCGCACUGGCAGGUAGCUGUAAAAGUCUAAUUUCCUAAAUAUUGUGCAGCUUAUUCAAGUGGCAACUUUUUUCUUUUAAGUUUUGUUUUAAGUUUGUUUUUGAUGAUGCAACAGGUUGUAGUCAAGUAACACUUAAUAUUUAACAGUUCUUUAUGUAAAGCACACUGUCCACGAUGUAUUGGCACAAAGAUAAUUUAAUGCCCUUUUCAAAUUUGUCCAGGACUAAUUUCGAGUUUUGUGAAGUUGAGUUAACCCCGCUUCAAGGCAGCAUAUCAAAGGAAUCAAAGAUAUUCAGUCAUUUUUAAACAGAUUGUCCUCGUUUUUUACAGUUCUACGUAGUUUUUACCUGGUGGGCUGUACAGCUGCACACAGAGGAAAGAAAAAAAUAGAGCCGCCACGUAACAGUAGAGAUGGGCUGCAGCUUUCAGGGUCAGGGCAGCAGCUUCAGUGGACGCGUUCUGCUGCAGGAGGCGUGUCACGCUGCGUCUGGACCUGGUGUAUUUAGGCUGUUAGCCUCAAAUUAUUUUUAACGGCUAACCCUGUUGAUGGUGCAAGUUGAAAUGUAUGAGAUGAACUCUACAGGUGCAAGCGCACAGCUCCAUGUCUUCUCUCUCUUCUCUCUCUUCUCUCUCUUCUCUCUCUUCCAUCUGUUGCACUACCAGCAAACUCCUGAGGUUUACAUAACACGGUUUCCAGCUUUACCGUCACUGCUUGAGGAUCUCAGCUAAAUGCUUUUCAGUCACCGCCAUUAGUUUUUAGUUUCUAUAUUUUUUUAAAGAAAACUAUUUAUUCCCUUUUCAUCUUCACUCUGGCUAUACUUGGGGUAUAAACAUAUAUAUAAAUAUACAUUUUAAUAUAUUGGAAAAGGUAUAAUCAUGGUGAUGUGGUCCACAGAUAUCACACAAAACAUAGGUUCUCAGAGGGACUUUUGUAUAGUUUAAGAUUUUUUUUUUUUUUUUUUUUUUAACACAAGUGAGUGCAUGCUGCCCAUUAACCCUAGUCUCUACGUAAAAAAAAUGCAAUAUAUAAAGUGGAAAUUAUUUUAUUUCUCUGCAUGUGAUUAUUUUUUGAGCAGCGAUACAUACUAUACGCACAAACAGUCCAUCCACUGGCUUGAAAGUGAUUCAGCAGAAAACUGAUGUAACCCUGCAUGCUCUUAGCUGCUUUUUCACCAUUUAUUCCGACAAAAAAAAAAAGCUCACAACUGACCUUCAUCAUGACAUUGUGGCUGUAAACAUGUAAGCAUGUUUUGUUUUUGCAGCUUUUUAGGACUUAAGGUUUCUCAUAGUGAAUGGACGAGGAAUGGAAAGGCAGGUGAUGAAUGUAUGAUAUGUGCCUUGACAUGCCUACACAAUAAGACACUCAGUUUAACGUCAUGAAACUACACUCCGUUUCUACAAAUACAGGAAAUAAUGUAAAGAUGUCUGUGUUAUAAAUUAUUAUAUAAGGAAUAUUAUUUAAAGGGAUUUUAGGAGCAGAAGCCUGUAACACAGCCUGGAGAGUGGUUACCAUGGUUACAAGGGAAAUCCCGCCAUGUUGGACGAUCUAGGGUUUGACCAGUUUAAAGGGGUUUGGAACAACACCAAUAUUUUUAUCCUGAAAUCACCAAUUGCCGACACUCAAAAUCUUUAAAUUGGACCUCUUUGAGACUAAAAAUGAUAAAUAUUGAAUGUUUUGACCAGCAUUAAUUUCUUGUCAGGGUGGAAAAGCCUCUGAAACAGCAGUGAGACCAGACUAAUGAAACUGUGUUACGGGUGGCAGCUUUUUAAAGCCUGGCAGGCAAAACUCUGGGAUACAUUAGGCCUUUAAAUAAAGCCUUAAGUUACACAAAAAAUGGAAGAAUUAAUGAUCAAAUAAAGUGGGGGAAAAGGCAAUGAGGCUCAAUUUCUGGUUUUUAGAGACUGUUAUGCAUAUUUAAUAGAAGGCCAGGACCGCACAAAUUGUGAAAACAGUAGAAUAUUGCUGCUUUUUUGUUGUUCCUCCAACAUGGUGGUCUGUCCAUCCAAACCAUUGUCCAAACACUCCAGCACAGGCUUCUACUGUAUGGUUUUAUAUUGUGAAGUUAUUGUGUAUUAAAUGUCUGUCCUUAUUGCCUUUAUUACGAUUUACAUGCCGCGGUGUUGACACUGUCUUCGGAAAACAGUCAUUCCACAGGUUUCCGGAGGUUUCUCCCUCUGUAACUGAAGUGUGUGUAUCAGUGUGUCGUCACAUGGGGGUUUAGGCACAAUACUUUGACACUGAGGAGCCUUCAAGCUGCCAACGCCGGCCUGUCAAGAAUAGCUCAUGGGCAACACGACUUAAAUCCACAUCCCCAUGUUUGAUUGUCUUCUUUGGAUGAAAUUACAGCUUUAUCCAGGCUCAAAGAGAAUCAUAUUCCUCUGCUUUUUUUUCCACGAAUACUGUAAGAAUACUGUGAGUCAGUGUUCAGGAAAAAAAAACAACGCAAUUAUCUAAUUAAAUGUAUCUGGUUGCUUGCAUAGCA